AUGAAUUGUUAAAUCUGCUUCAUAGAUAAGUUAAUGAUUAGGCCUGGAGAUUGUUCUCAUCAAUUUUGCAAGUAAGUAUACUUAAAUCAAAAGAGAAUGCAUCAUCAUGUAUCUAUAAGAAGCAAUUAAAAGUGGAAGUGUAUUUAAGAUAACUUGUCCUACAUGCAAUAUAGAAUACAAUGCUUUAAUAAUAAAAUAAUAUUGUGAAGACUUAUAUCCAAAAUAUUUAGAGUUAAAGCAGAAAGCUAUAAUUACUUGUUCUGUAUAUGAUUAUUUUAUUCAAUAAGGUAUGUAAAGAGAAUUUAUAAACCCAUAAAUGCGGAUCAAAUGUAUGUAAAAAGUGUGGUGAAAUUCACAAUGGAGAUUGUAGUUAAAGAUGUCCUAAUUGUUUGAUACCAAUAGAAAAGAUUAGUGGAUGUAAUCAUAUGGUUUGUAAAUGUAAAUAUGAAUUUUGUUGGAUUUGCAAAGGAAAAUUUAGUAAAUAUCAUUAUAGAUUAUGGAACUUAUUUGGAUGUCCAUGUAAUAUCUAUAUAUACUAAUUUAAAGUUCCUGGUUCAAUGAUGAAGAAUGUUAAACCUUUAAAAAAUCCAACUUUAUUGCGAUUAAUAAUGGUUCUACCCAAAAUCAUAGUAUUCAUUCUAAUAUUUUGUUUUUUACUCUUAAUAUACCCAUUUUUUUGUUUUAUUAUCACAUUUCAAUUCCAUUACUAAUAAUUCAAAAUCAAUAAGUAAUCCAUUAAUUAUACAUUUAUUAGAUCUAGAUUAUUAUUGGUAUUCCUAUUUCCAUUCACUUAUUUGAUGCAUUUUUUUUAUAGAGGAAUAUUUGCUGUGUAGAAUAAAUUACAUUCUCUUAGUUGA